AUGCAUAUACCAAAUGGAAACCCUGAAUUAUGGGACUCUUGGAGCGGUCUGAGAUGUAUGGUUGUGUCAUGUAGUCUUCAUCUUUCCCAGUGGCAUGUUUAUUCAGUCUACUCUACAUGUCUUCCUCUCUUCCAGCUUGCAAAGAAGGGAGAGAAGUUCAUCGACCUCCCUUAUGUUGUAAAGGGUAUGGAUGUGUCAUUUAGUGGCAUAUUGAGCUUCAUCGAAGCUGCAGCGAUUGAAAAGCUUGAAAAUAACGAGUGCACACCAGCAGACCUGUGCUACUCAUUGCAGGAAACUCUCUUUGCUAUGCUUGUUGAAAUCACUGAACGUGCCAUGGCACAUUGUGAUUCGAAGGAUGUUCUUAUUGUUGGUGGUGUUGGAUGCAAUGAACGUUUGCAAGAGAUGAUGAGGAUUAUGUGCUCAGAGAGAGGGGGUAGGCUGUUUGCAACUGAUGAUCGAUAUUGUAUAGACAAUGGUGCGAUGAUUGCAUACACUGGUUUACUGGCAUAUGCACAUGGUGUGACCACACCCCUGGAGGACUCGACAUUUACUCAAAGGUUCCGAACUGAUGAAGUUCAUGCAAUUUGGAGGGAGAAGGAGGUUCCGGUAUUAAAUAACACAGAUUCUGAUGCAGCGGCUGAAGUAUCCAUAGAUGGAACCUCUGGGCCGACUCCAAUUGCUGUAGAUUCCUGA